AUGCUCGGUAUGAACAGUGCCGAACAGACGUCAGCUACGACGACCAUUUCUGCUCCACCUCCGACGAUGCUACCUCUUCCAAAUGAUCAGGGCCCGCUUGGAAAGUUGAUGGAACAAUGCAGUCGUCUUAAUGCAAAUGUUAUUCUCGACAAACUCGAGUCAAAACCAAAUGCAGACAAAUCUCCAACCACUGCAGAGACUUCAUAUCCACAAUACCAGCACUACUGGCCCGGAGCAACAUGGUGGGACCAGGCGAGCACAUGGCCGCUACCGUACACCUCAGUCGAUGCGUAUUCUCCGUACUUGUCUUCACAAUUGGGCCUUCUGUCAUCGGUUCCUGCUUCAACAUCUACACUAAAUCAACGGCUAAAUCUCGGCAAGCAGACGAUGUCAACAGCCGGAGGUGGGAAGUUCCCGCGAGGAAACUGUGAAUGCCCAAAUUGUGCGGAAGCUGAACGGAUAGAAGCGGCGAUCAGGAGAUUCCAGUGGCAGCCAUCAAUGACCUCAAUUCUUGAUUCCAAUUUUACUAAUCUAAACCGCGUCUAUCGUCCGAUGUAA